CCGGAAUUGAUAAGAAACCUAGAAAAAGAAGAAGCAAAACCGGUUAUGUAUGUAACGUACUCACGAGUGGACGAUAUGUCUAUAUAUAGAGGUCAAGACUAAGCUUCACUGACACAACUACUGUCUUCGAUCUCUCUUUCAUAUACACCAUAUAAAACGAACCAGUUAAUUAUGGGUUUAAUUUCCGGGAAGGUGUGUGUGUUUAUCUUUGUAUUCGCUCUAGUCGCUGAAUUUUCGUUCGGAAAUGUUGAGGUUAACGACGACAAACACUUUUUCCACAAACCUCGUCCAUUUUUACACAAACCUCGUCCAUUCCUCCACAAGCAUGGCAUUUACAAGAAAGGUUUCGGUAAGGGUUUGGGCGGUGGAGGCGGUCUAGGCGGCGGAGGUGGUCUAGGAGGCGGUGGUGGCCUAGGAGGCGGUGGAGGUUUAGGCGGUGGUGGAGGUUUAGGCGGCGGUGGUGGUCUAGGAGGCGGUAGCGGUUUGGGAGGAGGAGGGGGUCUAGGAGGCGGUAGCGGUUUGGGAGGAGGAGGGGGUCUAGGAGGUGGUGGUGGUGGUGGUUUAGGAGGAGGAGGUGGAUUGGGUGGUGGAGCUGGAGGAGGAUACGGUGGUGGUGCUGGAGGAGGACUUGGAGGCGGAGGUGGAAUUGGAGGAGGAGGAGGCUUUGGCGGUGGAGGGGGAGGAGGAUUCGGGGGCGGAGCCGGUGGUGGAUUUGGUAAAGGCAUUGGUGGUGGAGGAGGUCUUGGAGGAGGUUAUGUUGGUGGUGGCCAUCACUGAUGAGUGGUGAGGCUCAUGCUCAUGCAUUCGUAACGUUGUUAUAUUAUUUAAUUAAAUGGAAAAUGAUAAAUUAAUUAUUGCAAUAAAAUGAUACAUUAGCAAUUGUGUAUGUCGUUAUUUUUAUUUUGAGUCGCAUUGUAUGCUGAUUCCAUAUGUUCGGCUUUGGUCGGUUUCAAGUGUGGUUAAUAAAAUGGUUAUUUUACUUUUGCCAACAGUUAUUGAGUGGUUGUGUUUAUGUUUUAUAUACAUGUUCACUCAUCUUUCCAUAUGAUCUUACAACACUUGCUAAAAUGAAUUCG